AUGGCGCAAUUGGGCCCCGACCUCCAAGACAAGCUGAACGAGCUGGAAAGGGAGUUGGAGGAAGGCGAUAUUACGGAAAAGGGGUUCCAGAAACGGCGAACACAGCUACUGUCGCAUUACUUCGGCCCUGGGGGUCUGCCUGAUGCGACUGGCGGCUUGAGGAUACACUCACCCGACGAUGAGAACUCUACAACCGACAAUGGGCCAGGGGCAGCCCUGGCCGCCUUGAGUGCCACCAAUCCAGACCCGGGUUCCCCUUCGCCAAAGACACGCACGUCUCCCGCCGACUGGCGUCCACAGUCUGGUCCACCUGGCUCUGUCCAUUCUCAUGCCCUGGAGCACCCUGCAGGUCUCCUGCGGCCUGGCGGUCCCAUGGCCGAAUACCGUCCCACCCUGAGGGAACGCGAUUCUCUGUUCCUCGACCCGACGGGGAACUACUCCCAAAGCAUGGGAUCCGACCCGCCGACGCGGUCAGGUACCAUGGUCUCGGGCGACUAUGCCUUCAAACCAGAACACCACGGUGCAUAUUCGCAACAUCCACCGAACCCGUACGAUAACCGCGAUAGCCGCACCGGCACCAUGAUGGACUCCCAAGGAUAUUUCUCCGAUUUCGCUGGGCAGCAGUCUUAUGAUCAGGGGCCCGGAGGCGAAUACGGAGGAGGUGGGCAAAGAUACUCCGUCAGCGAUCCGUUUUCUCCCACGGUUGCCAUGGCUCCGCCGAUGCUCACUGCAAACGAUCUACCUCCGCCGGAAGCGCUUCAGUACAUGAUGCCCCUGGAGCCGCGCGAAGUGCCGUUUGCUAUUACCGACCCACACGACCAGAAUACCGCCAUGUCCAACUUUGACAAUAUUGCUGCCGUUCUGAGACACAGAGGUCGCACUACUGCCAAGUUGCCUGCGUACUGGGUCCUUGACAGCAAAGGAAAGGAAAUCGCAUCCAUCACAUGGGACAAGCUGGCAGCAAGAGCGGAGAAGGUAGCCCAGGUCAUCCGCGACAAGAGCUCUUUGUACCGGGGCGACAGGGUUGCGCUCAUCUACCGGGACUCCGAGAUUAUCGAUUUCGUGAUCGCAUUGCUGGGUUGUUUCAUUGCCGGCGUUGUGGCCGUCCCCAUCAACGAUAUGCAGGACUACGCAAAACUCAACCUGAUCCUAACCUCUACACAAGCGCAUCUGGCACUGACCACCGAUAACAACUUGAAAUCGUUCCAAAGAGACAUCACUACUCAAAAAUUGAACUGGCCCAAGGGCGUGGAAUGGUGGAAGACCAACGAGUUCGGCAGCUAUCAUCCAAAACGAAAGGACGACGUGCCCCCAUUAUCUGUGCCAGACCUGGCCUACAUCGAGUUUUCUAGAGCGCCAACAGGAGAUGUCCGGGGUGUUGUUCUCAGUCACCGCACCAUAAUGCAUCAGAUGGCUUGUCUGAGUGCUGUUGUGUCGGCGGUGCCUCGCCACGGACCUGGUGAUACUUUCAGCCGGGCCCUUCGCGACAAGAAUGGCCGGUUGAUAGGAGGCAGUGCUAGCAGUGAGAUCCUGCUAUCCUAUCUUGAUCCACGGCAAGGCAUAGGGAUGAUUUUGGGUGUUCUUCUCAACGUCUACAGCGGCCAUACCACCGUCUGGGUUGAGAACAAGGCGGUCAACUCACCUGGGCUAUAUGCCCAUCUGAUAACAAAGUACAAGGCGACGCUGAUGAUAGCCGACUACCCUGGUCUGAGAACUGCUGCUUUCAACUACCAGCAGGAUCCCAUGACGACGAGGAACUUCAAGAAGGGAAUGGAACCGAACUUUCAGCAUGUCAAAUUGUGCCUCAUCGAUACACUGACGGUAGACAGCGAGUUUCACGAAGUUUUGGCUGACCGUUGGCUGCGACCAUUACGAAACCCUAGAGCCAGAGAAGUCGUGGCGCCGAUGCUGUGUCUGCCCGAACAUGGCGGCAUGGUCAUCAGCGUUCGAGACUGGCUGGGUGGCGAAGAACGCAUGGGGUGCCCACUGAAACUGGAUUUUGACGCCGAAGAAGGCUCCGAGACAGACAAGGAGGACGAAAAGGAAGAGGAAAAGGCCACGCCGACCAAUGGGUUUGGCAGUCUGCUCGGUGGAGGCACUACUACAAAGAAAGAACGUGAUGCGAGCAAUGACCUCAGCGAGGUCUUACUAGACCGGGAGGCGUUGAAGACGAACGAGGUGGUUGUGGUGGCGAUCGGCGAGGAGGCAAUCAAGAAAGCAAAGAAUGAGCCGGGGACGGUUCGAGUGGGUGCUUUUGGCUAUCCUAUCCCGGACGCCACCCUUGCUGUAGUAGACCCUGAAACUGGGUUGCUAGCUUCGCCGCAGUCUGUUGGGGAAAUCUGGGUUGACUCGCCAUCCUUAUCAGGGGGGUUCUGGGCGUUACCCAAGCAUACCGAGCAGAUCUUUCAUGCAAGGCCCUAUAAGUUCGAGCCUGGAGAUCCCACACCAACGUCGGUCGAGCCCGAGUUCCUUAGGACUGGUCUUCUCGGUACCGUCAUUGAAGGCAAGCUCUUCGUGCUCGGGCUGUAUGAAGACCGCAUCCGACAGAAGGUCGAGUGGGUUGAGCACGGUCACGAGAUUGCGGAGCAUCGUUACUUUUUUGUGCAACAUAUCGUUGUCAGCAUUUUGCGCAACCUGAACAAGCAGGUUUUCGACGGUUCGGCCUUUGACGUAUUUGUCAAUGACGAGCAUCUGCCGAUUGUGGUGCUUGAAUCAACAACAGCAUCUACGGCCCCGGCGACGUCAGGUGCCCCGCCUAGGCAGCUAGACACUGCGUUGCUGGAUUCGCUCUCGGAAAGAUGCAUGGAGGUCCUUAUGCAAGAACAUCAUCUACGGGUGUACUGCGUGAUGAUCACUGCGCCGAACUCACUGCCUCGGGUGACCAAGAACGGAAGAAGGGAGAUAGGCAAUAUGCUAUGCCGCAGGGAGUUUGACCUUGGUAACCUGCCUUGUGUCCAUGUCAAGUUUGGCGUAGAACACGCCGUUUUGAACUUGCCCAUCGGAGUUGACCCCAUGGGCGGUAUCUGGUCGCACAUGGCAUCGGAAUCCAGGGCCGACAUCCUUGGGCCUACUGACAAGCAGUACUCGGGGAUUGACAGACGGGAGGUAGUUAUUGACGACCGAACGUCGACUCCCCUAAACAACUUCUCCAGCAUCACAGAUCUCAUACAAUGGCGAGUGGCCCGCCAACCGGAAGAGCUCGCGUACUGCACCAUUGAUGGCAGGGGCAAAGAAGGCAAAGGCGUGACUUGGAAGAAAUUCGAUACCAAAGUUGCCGCCGUCGCCCUAUACCUUCGCAACAAGGCCAAGAUACGGCCGCGCGACCAUGUCAUGCUCAUGUACACGCAUUCCGAAGACUUCAUCUUCGCAGUCCAUGCGUGCAUCAACCUCGGUGCGGUGGUCAUCCCGACCUCGCCGAUGGAUGAACGACGUCUGAACGAAGACGUACCGGCUUUUCUCCACCUCAUCAACGAUUACGGCAUCAAGGCUGUCUUGGUCAAUAACGAGGUGGACCACUUGUUGAAGACCAAGUCUGUAUCGCAGCACAUUAAACAGUCUGCCCAGGUCCUGAAAAUUGGUGUUCCCAAUGUCUUCAACACAUCCAAGCCUCCCAAACAGAACAGUGGGCUUCGGGACCUUGGGGUCAUGGUAGAUCCAGUUUGGGUACAGCCAGGUUACCCGGUCAUCAUCUGGGCAUACUGGACUCCGGACCAGCGCAGGAUAUCGGUGCAACUAGGCCAUGACACUAUUCUCGGCAUGUGCAAAGUACAAAAAGAGACUUGCCAGAUGACCAGCUCGCGGCCUGUGCUUGGCUGCGUCAGAAGUACCACCGGUUUAGGCUUCAUACACUCCUGCCUCAUGGGUAUAUACAUCGGCACGCCAACGUACCUCCUCUCUCCGGUCGAGUUUGCUCAGAAUCCUCUUUCACUCUUCUUGACUUUGAGUAGAUACAAGAUCAAGGAUACCUACGCGACACCCCAAAUGCUCGACCACGCCAUGAAUUCGAUGCCAGGCAAGGGCUUCACUAUGCAUGAGCUGAAGAACAUGAUGAUCUCGGCCGAAAGCAGACCCCGGGUUGACGUGUUCCAGAAAGUUCGGCUCCAUUUCGCGGCAACUGGCCUCGACCGGACCGCCAUCAACACGGUCUACUCCCACGUGCUGAAUCCCAUGAUUGCUUCUCGCUCGUACAUGUGCAUUGAACCUAUCGAGCUCUGGCUCGAUCAGCGUGCUCUGCGCAGAGGAUUGAUCAUCCCGGUGGAUCCAGACUCAGAUCCGAAGGCCCUCCUCCUGCAGGACUCUGGCAUGGUACCAGUCUCGACCCAAAUCGCCAUUGUCAAUCCUGAGAGCCGCCUUCUCUGCACAGAUGGGGAAUAUGGCGAGAUCUGGGUAGACUCGGAGGCCUGUGUCAAGGCGUUCUAUGGCUCCCGGGAUCCUUUCGAUGCCGAGCGCUUCGAUGGGCGUACUAUCGAUGGCGACCCAAACAUCAGCUAUGUCCGCACUGGCGAUCUCGGUUUCCUGCAUAAUGUCAGUCGACCUAUUGGGCCAGGCGGUGCACAGGUCGAUAUGCAAGUCCUCUUCGUACUAGGCAAUAUUGGCGAGACAUUCGAGAUCAAUGGACUGAGCCAUUUCCCGAUGGACAUCGAAGCUUCGGUAGAGAGAUGUCAUCGCAACAUCGUACCUAGUGGCUGCGCUGUAUUCCAAGCUGGUGGUCUCGUGGUCGUUCUCGUCGAGGUUUCACGCAAGGCAUAUCUUGCGUCCAUUGUGCCGGUGAUUGUCAACGCAAUCCUCAACGAGCACCAGAUCGUCGUCGAUAUUGUUGCGUUUGUGAACAAGGGUGACUUUCCCCGUAGCCGACUUGGUGAGAAGCAACGCGGCAAGAUCUUGGCAGGCUGGGUCACGCGCAAGAUGCGCACCGUUGCCCAGUUUGCCAUCCGUGAUGCCGACUCGGUCGGUAUGGAAGGCGCCGAUGGUGCAAUGGACCCUCGUGCAAGUGUUGGCAGCAUACGCAGUAGUGGUGCUCACGCCGCGAGCUCGUUGCGGAAUAUGGAACAUGCUCCACAGAUACUGGAACAGGAAGAGCUCGAUCAUCAGAUGGACAAGAUGGCGUCUCUUCCACAGCCCAGUGAGCUCUCGGCUAAUAGCGACAGGCGCAGUAAUGCACCGUCAUCGAUCAACACGUCAAUGGCACAAGCCAGUUCGUCACACAAUUAUGCCCUACCAGAGUUUGACCACUAUGGCGAUGAGGCUCGGACGUCGACCAUGCAACAGAGACCUCCGCAGAUCCGUCUCCCGGGUGUUGAUGGCCGUGAGGUGCCAGCGGAUGACGACGAAUGGCAACGCGAUGCGAUCAUGCACAUGAACCUGGCCAACCAGCAUGAUUAA